CUUACGGGGCUGGUAAUGCACUGCUUGCAGGUUGAUCUGGAGUCACUGCUACCCGAGGGCAACCGUGGCCCCGAGCGUCUGGCAGAGGUAUUGGAAGACCGAGGCUUGGGCUUCCUGCUGCCUCGGCUGCAGGGUGACCUGUGGCGGCAGCUGAAGGCAGAUCCCAGCGCUACGGCGUUGUACCGAUGGAUACGCGACUCGGUCGACUCCCAGCAGCAGACACAACCGGCCUUUGUGCACGCCUUGGUAACCUGCCUGCUGCGGUAUAUCCUCGGCCAGACCACCAUGCCCCAGCUUCUCAACACCAACCAGGGCAGCAAUGACUCUACUGACAAUAAUGAGAGUGCCGUGCAGCAGCAGCAGCAGAAUGCAGCAGCUCCCGAGCGUGCCCAGCUGGACAAAGAGAGGGAGCUGCUGGAGCGGUACCAGGCCCUGCUACGAGCCUUCCUCGGUGAGCGGCCGGCUUUGCAGCUGGCCGCACUGUACGCUCUGCAGACCCUGUGGCACUCGCUAGGCUUCCCCAAGGGCAUGCUGCUGCGCUGGUUUGUGCUCCUGUAUGACCUGGAGAUCGUCGAAGAGGAGGCCUUCCUCAAGUGGAAGGAGGACGUCAACGAUGACUACCCUGGCAAAGGCAAGGCCCUCUUCCAGGUGAACCAGUGGCUAACCUGGCUGGAAGAGGCUGAGGAGGAGGAGGAAGAACGACGAAGACUGCUCGGAUGAAGGAGACAACUGACAUGCUGCCGGCAGGACCCAAUAAAAAAAAAUCGAGAAAGAGGCGCGCAGAGCAAGACACUCUGCUCUCAAGAAAGACAACAGCGCAAAAAGAACCCUGCAUCUUCUGUUCUCAGCUCCCCCGCCUUAUUUUUUUUUCCAUUGCGUGCCUUUCUGUUCCAGAUCUGCCAUUCUUUCCUACUCUCUACUCUCUCUCAAGCCCUUGCGCCUUUCUUACAUCCUCGCAGGCAGGAACAGUCACUUUUUUAAAAGAAAGGCAAGCAGUUGAGGCUGCAAGCUGAGCUUUUUUUUUUAACUGGAACAUAUUGUUUUGAUCUUAAAUCAAGCAAGGACUUCGCUAGUGGGGCCCCCACCUGUGCAUGUGGGGCAACCUUGCUACGAUUGGGAUAAUAAAGCUUUCCUUUUUCUAUCUUGCA